AUGCAUGCUAUUUGGUGGUGCCCAGUAGCAUAUGAUGUGUGGGUAGAGGAGGGGAGUCCUGUUCAGAAGUGGAGGGUAGGGGUGAAGGAUGUCUUUCAACUUUGGGAUGAGAUGCAUAGCAAACUUACAACUGAGAAUGUUGAGAAAGUGGUUAUGAUGUUGAGAAAUAUAUGGCACCAUAGAAACAAAGUCAUUUUUGAUAAGCAGUUCUUAGGUCCAACUACUGUGGUACAAAUGUCAUUGGUGGGAUAUGAAGAUUUUAAGGUAGCACAAAGGAGGCUAGGGGGCGAGGUUGAGCAGAAAAAUGAUAGAGUAGGAAGUGGUGGAGGGAAGGGAUGGAAGAAGCGAGAGGGGUUGCAACUUAAGGCCAAUUUUGAUGCAGCUCUCAAUGUGUCAUCUCUGAGUAUGGGAAUUGGGAUUGUCAUAAGGGACUGUAAUGGAGAGGUUUUCGCUGUAAAGUGUGCUAAAAGGACAUGCAAUUGCCAUGCUGUUGUUGCAGAAUGCACUGCUCUUUGGGAAGCUAUGGUUCUAUGUGAAGAUUUAGGGUUAGGGGUUGUGAUGUUUGAAUGGGAUGCCAAGGCUGUUAUAGAUGCGCUCAUUGUUGAGAUUAGAGUUCCAGACCAGAGCCAAAGGAACACAACUUUUAGCAAUGAUGAAAACAGGUCCAUUCCGAGAGCUCUCCACAACUAUUCCAAGCUGGAAAUUCUUGACAUCUCACAGAACUACUUUUAUGGUGCAAUCCUCGAUGACAUUCACUGCAUGUCUCAACUUCGAGAGCUCUACCUCGAUAGCAACAACUUCGUCGGUAACAUCCCAUCAUCUAUCGGGUCUUUCCCUCUAGAAAUUGGAAACCUAUCCAAUCUUGUGAAACUGGGAUUGGCCUAUAAUUCUAAGAUAGUGCCAUUAUUGCCUUCAGAGUUCAGAAAGUUGAAGAAGUUGAAAUUUUUAUGGAUGACCGGAACAAAUUUGAUGGGGCAAAUCCCAAACACGAUUGACGAAAUGGCAGCUCUGGAGCAUUUGGAUUUGUCAAAAAAUAGCUUGAUUUGUAAGAUCCCGAACAGUUUGUUUAUGCCAAAGAAUCUAAGGUUUGUUUACCUUUACAAAAACCAAUUGUCUGGGGAGAUCCCUCAAGUGGUUGAGGCUUUGAAUCUCAAUGUCAUUGAUCUCUCAAAAAAUUAUUUGACACGGCCAAUUCCUGAUGAUUUUGGAAAGCUAAAAAAUUUGACAAGUCUGGCCUUGUUUCUCAAUCCACUAUUUGGAAAAAUCUCAGAUAGCAUUGGUCAUCUUCCGAAGCUAAUAAAUCUCAACUUAUUUAAUAAUAAUUUUUCAGGUAGUUUGCCUUCAAAACUUGGAGAAAUGGCAACUUUGGAGCAUUUGGAUUUGUCAAAAAAUAGCUUGACCAGUAAGAUCCCGGACAAUUUGUUUAUGCCAAAGAAUCUAAGGAUUAUUUACCUUUGCAAAAACAAAUUGUUUAUGCCAAAGAAUCCUCCUGUGGUUGAGGCUUUGGACCUUGAUGUCAUCAAUAUCUCGAAAAAUUAUUUGAUAGGGACAAUUCUUGAUGAUUUUGGAAAGUUAAAUAAUUUGACAGGUCUAGCUUUGUUUCUCAAUCAGCUAUUUGGAAAAAUCCCAGAUAGCAUUGGUCAUCUUCCAAGGCUGAUAAAUCUCAACUUAUUUGACAAUAAUUUUUCCGGUAGUUUGCCUCCAAAACUUGGGAGGUAUUCUAUGCUGGAAGUGCUUCAGGUUUCAAACAACAAGGUUACAAGCCAGUUGCCAUAA